AUGGGUAGUCUACCAAUUGUUUCAUAUGGAUUUAUCGGUCUCGGCCAAAUGGGCCACGGAAUGGCUAAAAACAUCCGACUGAAGAUUGAUCCGGCAUCGCCUCUGGUGAUUUACGAUGUAAACCCAGAUGCCAUGGAGCGCUUCAUAAAUGAGCACCCAGGAUCUAAAGUUCUUGCUGCCUCUUGUCCUCGAGAGGUCGCUGAACAAGCUGAUAUCAUUAUGACGUCCGUUCCGCAAGCGAGACACGUUCAAGCUGUAUUUGAGAAGGAGGACGUGGGUCUGCUCGCAGCUUCGAAGGCUUCAGGUCAGCGUAAGCUGUACCUAGAGUUGAGUACAAUUGACGCCCAAGUGUCCGCUCGCAUCGCGAAACGAGUCAUCACUGAAGGAUUUGGAGAUUUUGUUGACGCCCCAUGCUCGGGAGGUCAAAUGGGAGCGGAAAAUGGAAACUUAUCGUUCAUGGUAGGAGCGCCAGACGAAAUCUUUCCACGAGUGCUUGAGAUAUGCAAGCUUAUGGCGAAGGAAAGUAGCAUCUUCCACUGUGGAGAUCUCGGCUCUGGCCUGAAGUCCAAAUUGUUGAAUAAUUACCUCUCUUCUCUCACGGCCUUGGCUACUGCAGAGACGUUCAACAUCGGCAUUCGAGGAGGAUUGGAUGCAAGGAAGCUUAAUGAAGUCCUCAAUGCUAGCUCAGGCAUGAACUUCAAUUCCAAGACAAACAAUCCAGUUCCUGGUCUGACGCCAAAGAAUGCGGCUAGUAAUGGAUAUGUUGGUGGAUUUUCGUUGGAACUCUGCCUUGGUGUUUUGGAAUUGGCUGUCAAGGCUGGUGAAGAUUUGGAGGCUACGAUGAUUCUCGGCAAGCCUAUGCUCGAUGCCUACCGGGACGCAGCAACUAAGGCGGAUUUCCAGGGUAAGGACUCAAAGAUAAUCUAUAAGUGGUUGGGAGGACAGGACCCUUAG